AUGUCGAUGCGACGAUCAGGUAUAUGCACUUGCCAUAUAUUCAACCACCUAGCACAAGAAAGAGGAGGACAUGAGUAUGUACCCUUCCUGAAAAAGGAUCUUUACAAUUGGAUUGGUCGGCAAAGACUAGUUCAACACGAAGAAGAAACUGACGCUGAAGGAGCAUUGGGGUACUUGGCAUGUAUAGGCCGCUCUGAUGCUGACUUUUUUGAGACACACACAAUUGAUGUAGAAAAUAGGUUGGCAGACCUAUUUUGGGCUGAUGGAAUUUCCCGUCGUGAUUAUGCUUGUUUUGGGGACAUUAUGGCUUUCGACUCCACCUACAAGAAGAACUCAUACAAUAAGCCCCUGCUUAUCUUUGUCGGGUUGAAUCACCAUUACAGGACAAUAGUCUUUACAGUUGCUUUGCUAUAUGACGAGACCGAGGAGACAUAUACUUGGGUUUUAGAGGAAUUUCUAGAGUGCAUGAAAAACAAACCACCUCCUGUGGUGGUCACCGACGGUGAUCAUGUUAUGGCGAAAGCAAUACAAAAAGUUUUCCCAACUUCUGUUCACCGGUUGUGUGCUUGGCAUCUUCAGAAUAAUGUAACUAUUAAUGCGCCUCAUCCUGUAUUCAAGUCCAAGUUCAAUGAACUACUUUAUCAAUACUGUACCGAGGAAGAUUUCGAGGAUACAUGGAAUAGAAUGGUUUCAGAAUUCGAAUUUGAGGAUAGUCGAUGGGCAACAACUACCUACAAUAGUAGGAGGAGUUGGGCAGAAUGUUUCCUACGAGGGCAUUUCUUUGGGGGACUAAGAACUACUCAAAGAUCAGAGUCAAUUAAUUCCUACUUGUCCCACUUCCUGACGAGCAAACUCAAACUUAGAGAUCUGGUUGGCCAAGUAGACAAGGCCAUACAAAGUAUUCGUCACACAGAACGGGAAGACGAAUUCAUCAGCAACCAUAGUACGCCACAAUUACCAUCGAACAUCCUCCGACAGUACUAUGAACAGGUGGCUUCGAUUUUGACAAGGAACAUGUACAAAAAAGUGGAGGAACAGAUCACAAGUGCCCUGGCUUACUCAGUGGACUCCACCAACGUAUCCAUUGAUUUCAGGUUCUACUCACUGACGCGGUUUCCAAAGGGACUUGUAUGA